AUGGUAUAUGGAGAGAAUAUUAAACUUCUUGGAGAAUUCUUUGAAGAAAAAAUAAGUCAUACACCACCUGGAACUUUUAUACAUAAGUUACAAAAGCAUAUGGAAUUGAUUCGGCCGAAGGAAAUACAACAGAAAGGUAUCCCUAAAUUAUUUGUACACAAAGAUUUAGAAUCAACAUCCCAUGUUUUUCUUCGCAUUAACAGAGUUCGGAAGCAACUCGAACCCCCAUAUGAAGGUCCGUAUUUGGUUAUCAAUCGUUCACCCAAAUAUUUUACUCUCAGGAUAAAGAAUAAAGAAGUAAAUGUAUCGAUAGACAGAUUGAAGCCAGCAUAUAUUAUACCACAACAAACCCCUGAACAAGAGAAACCUACAACUUCAAAUUGUGUAAACAAUGCAUCUACGCCGAUUGAAAUUCAAACCACAUUAACUGUGGCUCAACCUAAAAUCAAAUCAGCUUUAAGACAAUCUCGAACUGGUAGAAUUCUUAAGACACCAUUGCGAUUCAAAAACUGA